AUAAUAGAUGCUAUCCUUAUGGCUCGGAGGAUGGCAAAGCAAUUUCGGUGGUCAAAAGGCUCGUAGCUCUAUCCCACUGGCCCCUCUCCACCACCCGAGUACACAUCAACAUGGCCAUCCAAGGAACAGCUCCCACCUCUCACGGCACCGUACCGAUCGAGAAUGGCGCUCAAGCUGUUGACCUCGCCUUAGGAGCCAAGCCGAGUGGUUCAAUAGCCAAAUCACUCGCAUCAAAGAGCACGCUUGGCCUCUUCUCGCUCAGACAGACUGGCGUCAUUGUCACAGGUGGUGCGAGGGGUCUGGGAUUGUGCAUCGCCACAUCUUUGCUAGAAGCUGGUUCGCUGAAUGUCUACUGUCUGGAUAUUCUCCCUCAGCCCGUGGGAGACGAGUGGCACAUGGCUGAAAAGACCGCCCGAGAGCAUGGGGGUUCAAUCGAGUAUCAUCAACUGGACAUUACGGACGAACAGGCCGUUCAACGAGUUGUCGGUGGUUUGUAUGCCAGCUCUCCGGUCCCUAUCUCUGCGUUCUUUGGCGCUGCUGGGAUUCAACAGAUGGUCCCGUCUCUCGAAUACAAAGCCAACGAUUUCAGAAGAAUCAUGGAAGUUAACGUGACCGGUACAUUCUUGACGAUCCAAGCUGCCGCUAGGGAGAUGGUUCAAAGAGGUAUUAAAGGGAGCAUCGCCAUCACAGCCUCAAUGUCGGGAUCCAUUGCCAACAAGGGGCUUACGUGUCUGGCGUACAACACCUCCAAGUCUGCUCUGUUGCAAAUGGCUCGAAGUGCCGCUGCGGAAUGGGGACCUCAUGGUAUCCGAGUCAACACUCUCUCGCCAGGAUACAUCAAAACGGCCAUGACCGCCCAGCUUCUGGAACAGCGCCCAGAUCUCGAAGAGGAAUGGUUGAGAGGGAGCAUGCUAUGUCGUCUCUCUACCCCAGACGAGUACAGAGGUCCAGUGUUGUUUUUGUUGUCUCCCGCCUCCAGCUUCAUGACUGGGGCGGAUUUGGUCAUCGACGGAGGUCAUACUGCAUAUUAGUCUCAUGCAUCGGUUCUUUGG